CACUUCUAUCCAUAAAACUCAUGCUUUCAUCCGUUUUCAAGAAAGCGGGCUCUCGAGCUCUUGCUUCUCGUCAUGCUGGUCAGAGACGUUCCUUGUCCAUUCAUGAGUAUCAAUCCGUCAAGUUACUCAACUCAUAUGGAAUACCAACCCCGAAGAGCGUUCCUGCAAUGUCUGCAGAAGAGGCCUAUAACGUAGCAAAAGAGUUUGGCCACAACCGACUCGUUAUCAAAGCGCAAGUACUCGCCGGUGGACGUGGAAAAGGAAAGUUUGACAAUGGGCUCCAGGGUGGUGUGCAUAUGGUCGAUUCGGCUGAACAAGCUAAGGAGCUUGCUUCCAAGAUGAUUGGUUCCAAACUCAUCACUAAGCAAACUGGUGCAGGAGGACGUCUUUGCAAUGCCGUCAUGCUCGCAGAGCGUCGUGAACCGGCUCAUGAGUACUACGUUGCCGUUCUCAAUGACCGUACUUCACGAGGCGUUGUCCUUGUUACUUCCAACCAGGGUGGUAUGAACAUUGAAGAAGUUGCCGCAAAGGACCCUUCGGCCAUAAUCACGACGCCAAUCAGCUACACGCAUGGACUCUCGAAAGAAAAGGCUUUGGAGGUAGCGAAAAAGCUGGGUUUCAGGGAUACAACUGCUCAAGGCGAAGCUGCUGACAUUUUUAUAAACCUUUACCGCAUCUUCAAAGAAAAGGAUGCUACUCAAAUUGAGAUCAACCCGAUGGCAGAAACCAAGGAUGGCAAGGUUCUUUGCAUGGAUGCCAAGUUUGGGUUUGAUGAGAAUGCCGAAUUCCGCCAACAGGAUGUCUUCGCGUUGCGCGAUAUCAGCCAGGAGGAGCCUUCAGAAGUUGAGGCACAGAAAGCGAAUCUCAACUUCAUCAAAUUGGAAGGGAGCAUUGGAUGUUUGGUGAACGGUGCUGGUCUUGCCAUGGCUACCAUGGACGUUCUUGCGCUACAUGGGGGUAACCCUGCAAACUUCCUCGAUGUUGGAGGAGGUGCCACACCUGAGACUGUGAAAAAGGCGUUCGAAAUCCUUCUGUCUGACCCCAAAGUGAAGAGCAUCUUCAUCAACAUCUUCGGAGGAAUAAUGCGCUGUGAUUAUAUUGCGGAAGGUGUCAUCAAGGCAACAAGGGAACUCAAUCUUUCAAUACCUCUGGUUGUCCGUUUGAAAGGAACGAAAGAACAAGAGGCCAAAGACAUGAUCAGAGAAUCUGGCUUGAAGAUCAUAGCUUUCGAUGAUUUGGACGAAGCGGCUGAGCGGGCCGUUUCACUGGCAAUUUAGACCUUGAGUGCAUUACUCACACUCAAUCCCAGUAAAUUAUGAUGAACUCGGAGAAUGGAAAAUGCG